AUGUCAGACAAUAUAUUUCUUGUGACCGGCGCGAGCGGGUUUAUCGCAAGCCAUGUUGUUCAGCAACUACUCGAGACAGGCCACCAGGUCCACGCCACCGUCCGCAGCACCAAGAAUAAGACGAAGGUCAAGCACCUCCUGGAUAUGCAGGAGCAAUGGCCUGGCAAACUAACUUUGUUUGAGGCCGAUUUACUCAAGGCGGGCUCGUUUGAAGCUCCAAUGAAAGGCUGCUCGGUGGUAUAUCAUAUUGCUUCGCCCUUCUUUAUUGAGAACAAAAUCCGGAAUGGCCAGAAAGAGGUUGUUGAGCCAGCCCUCAAGGGCACACAACAUGUCCUCGACGCGGCUCAAAAGUGCGAAUCUGUCCAGCGUGUUGUCUUGACCUCAUCUGUCGCAGCCAUCUUCGGCGACAAUGCGGACGUGCUCGACAUGGAGCAGAAGACGCUCUCCGCAGAGUAUUUCAACACAACAAGCUCGGUCCAAUACAACUCCUAUCCUUAUUCGAAGGUGGUCGCUGAGAAAGAGGCCUGGAGGCUGUAUGAAGCACAGCCACAGCCACGACGGUGGAGCCUGGUCACUAUCAACCCAGGACUGGUCCUUGGCCCAUCGCUAUCUUCAACGUCUGAGUCCGGCAGCCUCUCGUUACUAGACCAGCUCCUGCGCGGGCAACUGUUCCUAGGGGUACCGGAUAUGUGGUUCGCCAUUGUCGACGUACGAGAUGUUGCAGCAGCCCACAUUCGAGCAGCCGAAACUCCAGAUUCCCACGGUCGCUACAUCCUGGCAGAUCGGACUACACAUAGCUUUGUGGAACUUGCGUCUAUAUUGCGGUCCAUCACUGGUUCCUCUCGAAUUCCCACGCAUUCGCUUCCGAACUUCAUGGUGCGGAUGUCCGGACCAUUGCUGGGUCUAAGUCAGAAAUGGUUGAGACUUAACCUGGGGAUUCCUUUUGAUAUCGAUAAUCGCCCAAGCCUGGAUCAGUUGAAAAUUGUCUAUCGGCCUUUGGAGGAGACGUUGGCUGACCACUAUCAGUCCUGGAAAACCAGUCAGAGAUAG